GUCGUUUUCGUACCAGAUUUUUGGGGAAAUGAAUUGUUAAGUCCGAGAAAGCCAGCCAUCUUUGCGUCUUAGAUAAAAUACUGGCAUUCGAUGACAGAUGUCCGGCACAGGAUAGAGUAGAGACACCACUUGCAAGACAUCACAGAACGAAGAGUGACCACUUAUCAGUACUUACGUUGUUUCGGAAUGUGGGUCCAUCCUCCUGCCCAAAUAUGUUUAGUCUCCCUCGCCUUCGUUCCUGAUCCUGUUGUUUCCUUCGGUAACGGCACGCGUUUCUCGCUCGUUCAUAUAUACCUCCAUUCUCUUAUAGACGGUCGAAUUUCCUCUCCCCGCGACGGUUCCCUCACAUUCGUCUCCCACUUACCACUCUUCUUCCAAUCGUUGUUUACAGCGGCUUCUAUUUGAAGAUGUCUUACCCAACAUCCGGUAGCGCUCAUAUCGAUGAAAAUACUGACGUUUGGCAGGAAUACCUUGGAAGUUGGCAUUACCAGGCUAACCUUGCUCGUGGACGUAUCUUUACGCCCCACUCAGAAGUUGCAUCAUCUAGCACUCAAGUUGAUGCGGAUGCAAGUGCCGCCAGACAUCGCGUUUACUAUCAUCAGUUCCCUCCGAACUAUUCCGACGAAGGCCCUCACUAUGAUGGCGAGGCCACAGACAACGCAUACGCCACUCUGGGAUACGAUGACUCUCGUUCAUCCACAUUCCCAGCCCCAUUACCAGAAGGCUACUACGCAGAUGAACCACAAGGAUAUGCGUAUAACUACGAGCAGUACAACAUGGAGUCGUCUCUUUCGGCACCAGCAACCCCAGCCAGCCCAUCUACAUUCAACGCGCUCUCGUCAAGUGCUCUGGCUCCCCUCUUGUCACAUUAUCAGUCUGUCUACAGCAAGCUGAACAAGUCGAAAACAUCUACUAGCAGCGCGUCGAACGAGACCGCUACGUCUACGUCUGCGUGGGGUGUUGAGGAGGACACUAACCUGUCCUCCGACACACUCCACCAACAUGCCUGUGCAAAACAAAGAAGAAGCAGGCAUGACCCUGGCGGUGGGACAAGCCAAGGUGGCAAGCCGCAUACACCAAAGGAGCAAGCUACAUUCUCCAGCCUUGACCAAGAAGCUGAGAAAGGAAAGUACCCACCUCCAACGAGCGAUGCGGUUGGACCAGCAUCAUCAGUUGGUGCGCGUGAGAAAGGGAAGAUGGUCGUGCGACACCGUUCGCCGUCUCCCAUGGCCCACCUGCCGUAUCCCGAAGAUGCAGCUCAUGGAGAAGCACAAAGAAUCUUUCCGACGAUGGUCACGCCAGGACCAUCGACGCCGGAUAUAUGUGAUGCAACAUCAUCAAGCACCGCUACGCCGAAUUCCGUUAUCAGCGAUGACGGCAUGGGAUAUGUGAAACAGACCAUAGUGUACUCACCGCGUACAGGUCGCAGGGCAGCGAUAGCGUCAGGUGAGAUACCAGAAGGCAAGGUGAAACCGAAGAGAGGUACUCCGGUACGAAUCGCCUGCUUGUUCUGUCGUCGACGCAAGAUUGGAUGCGGUGGCCCUGUGGGAUUGGGCGAAGACAAGACAUGCAAACAAUGCGCAAACCGUCAUUUGGUUUGCACCUACCCAGAAGAGACGCAUCGUGGCAAACGAACGAAGCGUUAGCUACUCCGAUCGUCCUCGAUUGGUCGUUGACAUGGUAUGACACGCGUGGAAGUCGUGUGUAGGACGUUCUUGGGCGUUCGUCAUAUUCCAGGGUUCGAGAUUCGCGCCUAUGAUUCGUAUGUUUUUCAGCUCAUGUGCUCUUUCGUCGUCUGCUAUCGUUCGUUUCGCUGUCAUUAUUCCAUGCCGUAGAUAUGUUCUAGUUUGUCUCGUGGAUUGCACAUGUUGAUACGAAGUUCCCUCGUGGUCCAAUACUGCG